AUGAACAGGGAAAUUAUCGAUAUCUCGGACGAUGACGACCAGCAGGAACGGCGCGAGGAAUGGUUUGAUAGAAGAGAGAUUCUGGCACCGGUAGUGGGACGUGUCGUGGAUGCACUGGGUGGUUAUGAAGGGGAUCGAUAUGUGAUGGGAGACGAGGCUAAUGGGUGCUUGAAGGAUUUGAAGAAGCUGUGGCGCAAGGACGAGACUGACGACGAACGAACUGUUGCUCGACUCUUCUGGGAGAUGCGUGUGCUCCCAAACGACCUGGUUGCGAUUCUCCUGGAGACGGCCGGAAAGGGCCUCGUAGAGGAUAAGCGUGCGAUUACCUGCGUGGACCUCAUGACAGCCAUGACGUGGCCCAUCGACAUGGCAGAGGAGUUGAAGGAACUGGACGAGGAGCUCGACAGAGGAGCCGACUUCACCCAGCUGCUGGAGAGUCACCUUCACUACAAGGAAGCACUAUUGAAACCUGGGGUUAUUCAAGCAAUGUUCGGGAUUAUGCUGCCGCCGCUGGCAAAACAUCCGAAAGAACGAGUCGAACGUGACGGGCAGGUCAUCAACGUUGUUCUCCAUCUUAUUCGAAAUCUUGCCUUCAUCAAGGACCUACCAGCAAGCUCCCAUCGCAGCGCCGAUCAAGCAGAGUUCUCGGCUCUUCAGUCGAAAUUGAUUCGUGUUCUGUCGGAGACUCAUACGCUCGACCUGCUGCUCACCAUAGCCUCUAACACCGACGACGACCCGCUUUUCAACGGAUGGAACACCCUCGUGCUUGAGAUACUCUAUCUUCUCUUCCGAGGAGUCCAACCGGCCUCUCUGACUGUCGAUCAGGCGAAGCAACCUGCAGAGAACCUGCAACGUCUUCUCGCGCUGGAAGAUCGGAAUCGACAAAGUAUUGCUCAAAAGGCUAGCUCGCGGCAUUCACGCUUCGGAACAACCAUCUCCGUCAAGCUCAACACGAACAAGAAAGCGCCCACCACGGCGUCCGCAGAUAACGGAACCGAUUCGCAGCCCGCAGCGUCGUCGUCAUCGCGAGCCUUUGUGCUUCAUCGCCAACAGGCAAUAUCCGGAGAGUCGGGGAGCAUCAUGGAUAUCACCAAACGCCAGAAAGCCAGGAAGGUGAAUAAGAUGGACGAAAUGGGGAUUAGUGACAGUCUGUCGCUCGAGGCCAGAAUCAUCUUGAAAGACUUAGCUACAGGGUUCCUCGAGUCCUGCUUCAAUCCUUUUUUGGCCGGACUUUUGAAGGAUAUCAGGUCAGAGCGCCCAAAGAUAACCGAGAAAGACAACCUCCGCCUUCUCUUCGUAACAAAGUGGUUCUUGGAACUCUUCCUGUCCAUACGGUCGAAGGAACGACAUGAGAGAGAGAGCAGCGAGGACAAGUGGGACUUCGGGCUCAUUGCCGAGGUGAUGGAACGAUCAUGGAUCAUCUGGGUGUUAAAGCGCAUGAGGGAGGCGGUCGAAGAAAAGCCCAAGCUUUGGACCGAACUGCAGGCGGGCAUCGAAUGCCUUACCCAGUUGCUCCUUCUCAUAGACAAAAUGUCGUCUUCGGAUAUCCGUGACGAUAACCUCAGGGAGGCCGCGGAUGUCUUGCAACAGCAAUUGGUCUAUAACGGCGAGGUCCUUGAUAUUGCCCUCGACAGCUUGAAGACGUACAAGCCUGGAACGCAGUCACUCGUGUACCUGGAUUCAAGUGUCUACCUUUCCUACGCUCUUCUCAAGAUGUUAGAAUCUUGGGGCAAAACGAAGGGAAAGGACACUUAUGUCAGGCAGAAAGUUUCGAAGCGACGCCGACAAUCAAAAGGUGUCUCAGAGGAAGACGGUAUCCCUGACGUAGAAGAAGAAGAGGAACGGGAGGAAGCCAUUAACGAGACCUUAUUCACGUUUGAAGCAUUCGAGAGUAAAUUUGCCCAAGCGGAAAUCACUCACACCCUAUUGACUUACCUCGCCCGUUAUCGCGAAUUCUCCUCGUCUGAGAAAAUGCGUCGCAUCGUUAGCUUGUUACAUCGACAAGCAGUAAAAGCUAAAGCGGAGGGCCUCUUCUUCAAGGUCUCCACUUUGAACCUCUUCAAAGCAAUCAUCGCAGAUCAGAAGUCGUUUCCUCGGGAUCAACCCUACAAGGACCUCAUCGCUCUCGUCAAUUUCAUUUUGCGCCAAUUCUUCAAGGCGUUGGAGAAGGAGCCAUUCCUCGCAGUCGAGGCACUCUUCCCCAAGAACCGCGGUAAUUGGAAGCAGUACUCGAGUUGGGAGCCGGAAAGUAAGACCAAGAAAGACGCGAAAACGAUCCCAGACACACGGUUCCCGCCAGACGUUGAAGUCAAAAAGGGUUACUCUUGGAGUGAUCAGCUUGGGAUAGCGAUUGCUUGUCUGGUGGAGGCGGGUCAAACAGAGUUGGUCAAGUGGACAACAGAAAUCAUCGCAUUUGUAGUGGGUCAACGUUCUCGGAUUAUUGAAGAGACGGGCAACCAAGAAGACGAAGAGGAUGUCCAGGACGGGAACCCUUUAGUCGUGAAGGCGUCGGCGGAAGCACUGGCCAAAAUUACUGACUAUUUGAUUCCCUAUGAGACUGAUGAACAGGCGGAGGCGGCGACGAAGAACCCCAACCUCAAACUUCUCUUUCGCCUGUCCAAGUUUUUCAUCCUUGACGAAGAUUCCGACGAAUUGGAGUGGUAUAUUCCUUCAGGGAUCUCCAUCGAAGAGCUCCAGCGCACCCUCAACGUCAUCAAGCAAUUCCUCGAAACGCCAAUCGAUCUUGAUGGCAAGAAAGCAGCACAGCUGCUCGCGAAGAAGCGACGUCGCAGACGUCGGCGUUCCCCGUCACCUGACUCUGGAGAUGAGGGCCUCUCAUCCGACGGUGAGCCGCGUCGAAGGAAACUCAAAGAGAAGAAGAAAAAAGAAAAGGAAGUGUACAAGUCGGCUCAGUUUAUCGGGGACAGUGACGAAGAAUACGGGGAGAUGGAUGCUUUCCUGGAGAAAGAGAAGGAACGCCGUGAAAGGGCUGCUCUGGCCGCCGCGUCUGCUGGUAACGAUCGUCCUCCUACGAUGAAACCUACCGGCACAAAAAAGCGGCGUAGAAAAGACGGGGAGGGCGGUUCCAAAUCCAAAAAACGCAAGGGGAGAAAGGAGUCCGCGACCUCAGCUGACCAGGAGCAUCGCCUCUUGGAACCGGAUAUGGACAGCGAUGUGGAGGUCCUUGCACACUCCCACACCCAGGCUGUCAACCAAGGUGAGCCAGGAGAUGCACAGGUCACCGCCCGCCGCCCUCGCCCUCGCCCCCGACCGAUUAUGAAACGGCCUGCCUCGACUGCAUCAAACCCCUCCCGGUCCUCACCUGUCGCAUCGUCGGAGGUCGGGGAUCAGUCAGACUCACCUUCAGCCCAAGAAGGCGGUACAGAGACCGGGCAACCACACGCCCACCGCAGCAAACGGUUGAUUCUUUCGGACGAUGACGAAGACUGA